AUGUUCGAGCGCGCUACGCACGACGAAACGCUCUUCCCCCCAAAGUGCUGCCAGACGCCGCUCGAGGUUUCGGCAGGCCGCGAGUUCACGACCGCCGACCGCGUCUACUGCCACAUCCCCACCUGCGGCGCCUUCCUCGGCCCGCGCAAAGCCCACGACAGCGCGGCCGUCCCACCUUCGCUCAUAAACGACUACGCCUGCACGGCGUGCGGCGACCACACGUGCAAGAGCUGCAAGACGGCGGCGCACCCGGGCCGCGCGUGCGCCGAGGCGGACCUGCAGCGGGACGUGCUCGCGCUCGGGCGCGCCGAGGGCUGGCAGCGCUGCCCCGCCUGCGGCCACCUCGUCGAGCUCAACGAGGGGUGCUACCACAUCACCUGCCGGUGCGCGAAGCAGUUCUGCUACCUGUGCGCGGCGACGUGGAAGGAGUGCGGCUGUCCCCAGUUCCACGACCCGGGCGAGGUCGCUGCAUUGCCACAGCUGCGCGUUAUGCGCCGGGGGUAUCGCGCGCUUUGA